CGCCUUGCAGUCAUUUCUGCAGAACUUCCAUACAAACACACUUGGGGUUUUUUCCUUCAAGCUGGCAGAGGCCAUGGGACAAGAAGAAAGUCACAAUGAGGAGAUGGACUUGGCAAGGAUUCAUGAGCUGUGUGUCAUUUUCAUGAAGGAGUGUCCGAGCGGUGCCCUGCACCUGCAUGAGUUCAAGAAGAUCUUUGGAGUUCCAAGCAGCUCUGUAGAGGAGUCCCUUUUCAUAGAAACAAUAUUCAACUCGUUCGACACAAACAAGGAUAACACACUGGAUUUCCUCGAGUAUGUGGCAGCACUUCACUUGAUCUUAUGAGGUAAUCUUGAAGAUCGGCUCAAGUGGUCCUUCAAGAUGUAUGACAGUGAUGGAAACGGCAGGCUGGACAGGACGGAGGUGAAACGGCUUGUCAGGAUUCUUUACAAAAUCAAACUCCACAAGACUCACAUAAGCAUGACUCCAUCCCAAAUCUGUGACCGAAUCUUCCAGCUGGUUGACCAGAAUAAUGAUGAAGCCGUGGUAUAAAGUCAACAGUGUGGAUCGUGUUUUUGUGCCCAACAUGUGAGAUAACCUUGUUGGAGUUCAUGGAGGGAGCUCAGAAGGACGAAUGGGUCAUGGAUCUACUGAAGCUUGAUGUCAACGCCACCGGCUGGGUCAUUCAGAACUGCGGCAGACUGGAAUCAGCCACAUGAUGUAUUUGGAGGCCGACAGAGUGGUGCUAUCUACAUACCUGAGCUUUAAAAGUUUGCCUUUGUCUCCACGUUCAUCUCCCUGAGGCUGUAUACUCUUGAUUUGGACAUUAUACAUGAACCUCUUCUGUUGGUAGUGUUCAAUCAUCAGAGUAAUGUAAUGAAAGAUACUUACAGUCAUGUGAAAAAGACAUUUCUGAUAGGACUCUGUAGAGAUAUAGAGUCAUUGUUAGCCUGCGGGUCUUCUUUUCUUUUUUUUUCCCGCCCACUCAUAUGUAGUGUUGCUGUGUGCUGUUCUAAAGUGCAUUUAAAACACAGGAGAGCAUGGUUCCUGCUUCCUAUCAGAGAGCAGCACGGCUCCUCCCAAAAACCCUCAGUGUCUAUAUGCAUUUAAAAUUGAGGGUAGGGCACCAGCGCCAGAGGUGGGUUGGAAUACACCGACCAUCCUCUG